UGUUGUUUGGUGAAUAUUUUAUUGACGACUGUCUUAAAAUUUUAAACAGUUCAUUUUAAAGGUGAUCGUGUUUAUAUCCAAAUCUAAUUAGUCAGUUUUGGCAGUAGCUAUACAUCAUAUACAUAGGAGACAAAGAUGAGGAGCGAAGAUGUUGAUAUAGAUGAUGAAGGUGAUGAGCUUACAUCAGAACUCUGGCAGGAGGCUUGUUGGAUCGUUAUAAGUUCAUAUUUUGAUGAGAAGGGUCUGGUUAGGCAGCAGUUGGAUUCCUUUGAUGAAUUCAUUCAGAUGUCUGUCCAGAGAAUUGUUGAGGACACUCCGCAGAUCGACUUGCAGGCCGAAGCACAACAUACCAGUGGCAACAUUGAAAAUCCGCCACACUACCAAUUGAAGUUUGAGCAAAUUUACUUAUCAAAACCAACGCACUGGGAGAAAGAUGGCGCUCCUAGUCCAAUGAUGCCCAACGAAGCUCGUCUUCGUAACCUUACAUACUCGGCCCCCCUCUAUGUCGACAUUACAAAAAAAGUCAUUAGGGAUGGAGAAGAACCAGUCGUUACAAAUCAUCAGAAAACUUUCAUAGGUAAAAUCCCCAUAAUGUUGCGAUCCACGUACUGCUUGCUUAGUGGAUUGACGGAUCGUGAUUUGACAGAAUUAAAUGAAUGUCCACUCGACCCCGGGGGCUAUUUCAUCAUCAACGGUUCCGAAAAGGUUCUCAUCGCCCAGGAGAAGAUGGCCACCAACACAGUGUAUGUUUUCAGUCAGAAAGAUUCUAAAUAUGCCUAUAAAACCGAAUUGAGAUCGUGUCUGGAACAUUCCUCGAGGCCGUCCAGCACCAUGUGGGUCAAUAUGAUGGCCAGAGCAGGAAGUGGUGCCAAAAAAGUGGGCAUUGGCCAGAGGAUAGUAGCUCUCCUCCCAUACAUCAAACAGGAAGUUCCCAUCAUUAUUGUCUUUAGGGCUCUGGGAUUUGUAUCCGACAGAGAUAUCCUUGAACAUAUCAUCUACGAUUUUGAUGAUCCUGAGAUGAUGGAGAUGGUCAAACCAUCGAUAGAUGAGGCAUUCUGUGUCCAGGAUCAGCCGGUGGCCUUGAACUUUAUUGGAGGGAGGGGGUCGAGACCUGGGGUGACCAGGGAGAAGAGGAUCAAGUACGCUAAGGAGAUUCUCCAAAAAGAGAUGUUGCCGCAUGUCGGUAUCAGUGACUUUUGCGAAACCAGGAAGGCAUACUUUCUUGGUUACAUGGUGCAUCGUUUGCUGUUGGCAGCACUAGGCAGAAGAGAAGUUGAUGACAGAGAUCACUAUGGAAACAAGAGAUUAGAUCUCGCCGGACCCCUUCUUGCUUAUCUCUUCAGAGGGCUAUUCAGAAAUCUUUCCAAAGAGAUCAGACUGUAUGCUCAGAAGUUUAUAGACCGUGGUAAAGACUUCAACCUUGAACUUGCUAUAAAAACUCGAACAAUCACCGAUGGCCUCAAGUAUUCGCUGGCAACAGGAAAUUGGGGCGAUCAGAAAAAGGCUCACCAGGCAAGGGCCGGUGUUUCUCAGGUACUGAAUAGGCUGACAUUCGCAUCCACGCUCUCACAUCUAAGAAGGUUGAACUCUCCAAUUGGCAGAGACGGAAAGCUGGCGAGACCUAGGCAACUUCACAAUACUCUGUGGGGCAUGAUCUGUCCGGCCGAAACCCCAGAAGGAUGCGCAGUUGGCUUGGUAAAGAACCUCGCCCUCAUGGCUUACAUAUCUGUCGGCUCUCAACCAUCCCCCAUACUCGAGUUUCUGGAGGAGUGGAGCAUGGAGAAUCUGGAAGAGAUUUCUCCCUCUGCUAUCAUGGAUGCUACCAAAAUUUUCGUCAACGGAUGCUGGGUGGGCAUUCACAGGGACCCAGAACAACUAAUGAACACUCUGAAGAAACUUCGUCGUCAGAUGGAUAUCAUCGUAUCCGAGGUAUCCAUGAUUCGGGAUAUCAGGGAUAGAGAGAUUAGGAUAUACACUGAUGCCGGCAGGAUAUGCAGGCCUUUGCUCAUUGUCGAGAAUCAAAAACUUCUACUCAAGAAACGACAUAUCGAUCUACUGAAGGAGAGAGAGUACAACAAUUAUAGGCGAGUUUGGCAAGAUUUGGUGGCGAAUGGAGUAGUGGAGUACAUUGAUACGAUGGAAGAAGAAACUGUCAUGCUGGCUAUGACUCCUGAAGAACUUGUCGAGAAAGGUGUUUUGUACUGCACAACGUACACGCACUGCGAAAUUCAUCCAUCGAUGAUACUUGGUGUUUGCGCCUCCAUCAUACCAUUCCCAGAUCACAACCAGUCACCACGUAACACCUACCAAUCCGCUAUGGGCAAGCAAGCCAUGGGUGUCUACAUUACAAACUACCACGUCAGGAUGGAUACAUUGGCCCACGUUCUCUUUUAUCCUCAGAAGCCCCUCGUCACUACAAGAUCGAUGGAGUACCUGAGGUUCAGAGAGCUACCCGCUGGCAUCAACAGCAUCACAGCCAUUGCCUCGUACACUGGAUACAAUCAGGAAGAUUCAAUCAUCAUGAACGAGUCAGCUGUCGAUCGCGGGUUUUUCCGAUCAGUUUUUUAUAGAUCGUACAAGGACGCCGAAUCAAAGAAGGGGUUCGAUCAGGAGGAGGUGUUUGAGAAACCUGAUAGAUCUUACGUGCAAGGCAUGAGGAAUGCAUCUUACGAUAAGCUGGACGAUGAUGGCAUCAUAUCACCGGGUAUCAGAGUAUCUGGAGAUGAUGCUCUCAUUGGUAAGACUAUCACACUGCCUGAAAAUGAAGACGAGCUCGAGGGCCAAGCGAGGAGGUACACGAAACGAGACAACAGUGUCUUCAUGAGAAAAAGUGAAACAGGAGUGGUGGAUCAGGUGAUGCUGACGAUCAACCAGGAUGGCUACAAGUUCUGCAAGAUCCGUGUCAGGACCAUCAAGACGCCGCAGAUUGGCGACAAGUUCGCCAGUCGCCACGGUCAGAAAGGAACUUGUGGCAUGAGAUACAGACAAGAAGAUAUGCCAUUUACAGCAGAGGGCAUCAGCCCGGACAUCAUCAUCAACCCUCACGCCAUUCCUUCUCGUAUGACGAUUGGUCACUUGAUUGAGUGCCUGCAGGGUAAGGUGGCGGCCAAUAGGGGUGAGAUAGCUGACGCCACCCCAUUCAAUGAUACCGUCAAUGUCAGGAAGAUAUCCGAUGUUCUCAAGGAGUAUGGGUAUCAUAUGCACGGAAAUGAGGUCCUCUACAACGGUCACACCGGUCGCAAGAUGGUUUCUCAGAUAUUCAUCGGACCAACGUACUACCAGAGGUUGAAGCAUAUGGUGGACGACAAGAUACAUUCAAGGGCCAGAGGUCCAGUGCAGAUUUUAAACAGGCAGCCUAUGGAGGGUAGAUCAAGAGAUGGUGGGCUACGUUUCGGCGAGAUGGAGCGUGAUUGUCAGAUUGCACAUGGGGCUGCACAGUUCUUGAAGGAAAGGUUGUUCGAGGUCUCCGACCCCUACCCUGUGCACGUCUGUAACCUCUGUGGUCUCAUCUGCAUUGCCAACCUCAGGAAUCAGAAUUUUGAGUGCAGAGGAUGUAAGAAUAAGACGCAGAUAUCUCAGAUCCGGAUGCCGUAUGCGUGCAAGCUUCUCUUCCAGGAGCUCAUGUCAAUGAGUAUUGCCCCGCGAAUGAUGGUCACGUGAAUGAUGACGUAAUGAUGGUGAUGGAGAGAAGGAUGAUGGGAUGAGUGAUGACGAACGAAUGAAUUUUAUUUUAUGUUAAAUAAGAGAAAAGGACACAUUUCAUAUAAACAAAUUACAAACAUAUACCGACUGCGUUUCGCUCUUAUUUUUGUUUGACUGAAUAUCUUAUUUUAUUCGACUGAAAAUAUAAUCAUUUUUUUCUGUCUUACUAACAUUUUUAUAUUAAAAAGCGAGUUGUUCAAUUCAAGAUGUAGAAAAAUAGAAAAACGCGUCUGACGGAUUCGAACACGACAUUCAAAAAAAUUUAAAAAAUAUUUUUAUAUAAAAGCGGAUUUGGCACGCGAAAAACAGAUUAUUCAUAAAGAUUUUAAAGAUCAUUUCGUAUAUCUUAUAUAGUAUAUCUUAUGUGUGUAGAAGAGUAAUAAGCUAAUUCAAACACAUUCAUAUUAUGCCCAAGAUGAUUUGUCUUCAUGCAGUUAUGUUAUAUCGGCUUGUUCGCUUUCCUUCACGGUGUUAUCGGUGUUGCUGUGAUGUAUAUCAUCAUUUUUAGUGUCAUCAUUGUCAGUGUUGCCAUUGUUAGUAUCGUCAUUGUUGAUGUCGUCUGAUCGAGCAAAAACUUCGUUGGAAUGAUGCACUUUCAUACGAUGACGACGAUGGUGAAUCUUUUUGUGGCACUGUCGACAAUGAUGAUGAUGAUGACGACGACGAAUAUGAUGUUGAUGAACUGGUGGCAAGUUCUCCGUCGAAUUUGUCGUCGUAUCGAACGAUGACGUCAUCGUGACGUAACGUCCAUCAUCGCAUUGACUACCGCUGUUGCUAUUGUUUUCUAGUAGCUCACUGCCUCUAAUUUUUCGCUUGCGAAUUACUUUCAUUAAGAAG